AUGCCCGGCACACCACCUUCCUCAACCCUAGAAAUCCUCAACGAACCUGACUGGGCGCGAACACACUCCCAUCGCGUCGGCACACGCUCCCGCGAUGCACGACAUAUUGGUCUCACGCAUUCUGGCGAUGACAGACAUCAUGAUUAUCAGGAGGAUCUGGAGGGUAUCGCGGGGGCCAAACUCGAUGAGCUGAGGGGGAAGGUUAGACAUGGGGAAUUGGUUAGUGUGCGUGACGUGUUGACGAAGCAGAUGGAUUUUCAUUUGAAACGGCCGGAUGUGCAUCUGAGGUUUUGGAGAUAUGUGUUGCAUACUACGGAGGCGUUCAUUAAGGAGGAGCAGCCGUGGGCUGCCAAUUUGAAGAAGAAAGAAAAAGAGGAGGAGAGGAGGAAGGAGGAGAGACAGAAGCAGGACGGGGUGGCUGGAGUGCAGAAGGGGCAGGGUAAGGUAGACGGGCAAGACGGAGGUCAAAAAGAUAGUACUGGAGAGGAAGGACAGCAGCCCAAGCGCUCAGUUGAAGAGGAAGCCUUGUUGCAAUGUCUGCGUUACGAGCAGAAGUAUCGCGCGUCAAUGACGACGAACCACGGCAAGGGCUACUCAACUCUGCAGAAUGAAGAUCUCCCUAGGCAGAUUGACGAAGCAGACCAGUUUUCUCCUGACAGUUGGAUUCCUCGCAGUGACAAACUUACUCGUCUAACUGGAAAGCAUCCAUUGAAUGCAGAGGUAGACCUCACCACUCUCUUCGAUGGAGGCCUCAUUACACCAUCGCCAAUACACUACGUCCGCAACCACGGCUCCGUCCCGCAUUUGCUUUGGGAAAAUCACAAACUUGAAAUCAUCGCUGGUAAACGCCUACUGCUUGGAAUGGACGAACUUAAAGACCAAUUUGAAAGCAUCAACAUCCCCAUAUUUUUAGCCUGCGAUGGAAAUCGCAGAAAAGAACUCAACAUGAUAAAGAAAACCCGUGCCUUCAACUACACAGCCGCAGCAGCAGGCUGCUCAUACUGGAAAGGUGUCUUACUACGCGACGUCCUCCUCAAAGCGGACGUCCAGCAGCUUUCAAAAAGUAACCCCAAUAAAACGUUCUGGUUGAACUACGAAGGCGCCGACAAUCUCAGCGAAGGAAAAUACGAAUCAUGCCUCCCACUCGACUACGUCCUAGACACAAACAACGACGUCCUCCUAGCAUACGAAAUGAACGACCACCCCAUCCCCCCAGACCACGGCUACCCCCUCCGCCUAAUGCUCCCGGGUUGGGUAGGCGCUCGAUCAGUCAAGUGGCUAAGUAAAGUCUGGGUCACAGAUUACGAGAACGACAGCUAUUACUAUAUCUACGAUAACAGGCAACUCCCUAGUUUCAUUGAAGAUCCUGGAUCAGAAAUCGCGGAGAUCAUGUUCCGUCAUCCUAGUACGAUAUGUACGACGCAGAUGCUCAACUCCGUUAUUGUUAGACCUGCGCAGGGAGAGAGGAUUAAUUUGGGGGAUUUAAAAAAUGGUGCGAUGUAUCGGGUCGAGGGGUAUGCGUAUAGCGGGAGUGGGAAUGAGAUUGAUCGGGUGGAGGUUAGUCUGGAUGGGGGGAAUAGGUGGUCGUAUUGCGUACGGAAGUAUCCCGAUGCGCCGAUUAGACAUGGAAGGAAAUUCUGGACUUGGCUGCAUUGGCAUAUUGAUUUGCCUAUUAGCAAGUUUGUUCGCGCGAAGAGUAUACUGGUUCGUGCGUUUGAUGAGCAUAAGAAUACGCAGCCCCCAAAGCCUGUGUGGAAUAUUGAGGGAAUGAUGAACAAUUGCUGGUACGAAGUUCGCCCCGAAACCUACGACUCCUCAGACACAUCCUCAACACACCUCUUGUUCCGCCACCCCGUCGACGCGGGCACCAGCACAAACGGCUGGAUGAAGCCCUCGACCUCCGAACAGAUCGAAUCCAUCAAACAGAAAGCAUCCGCGCCAGAAAACCAAUUGACCCGACAAGAAAUCGAGAAACAUAACACGCAGGAUGACUGCUGGAUUGUGGUGAAUGGAAAUGUAUACGAUGCGACUAGCGUGCUUAGUUGGCAUCCUGGGGGCAAGGGGGCCAUUUUGGCGCAUGCGGGCGCUGUUCAUAUGGAUACGACAGAGGAGUUUGAGAGUAUCCAUGAUAAUUAUGCGCAGGAUAAGUUGAAGGAAUGUAUUAUCGGGAAAGUCACGCAAAAGGCAAUGGACCAUAUAAAGAAAGAUGCAGAAAAAAAGAAGGCAGAAGCAUCGCAAACAGACAAAAAAGACCCCGAAAUCGCCUUGGAUAAGCACAAAUGGACCCAAGCAACCCUAAGUACCAAGAAACGCCUCUCACGCGACACUCAACUCUACACCUUCACCCUCCCAACCCCCGCCAAGAAACUCGGCCUCUCAACAGGCCAACACAUCCAACUCGGUUUCCACUUCGAAGACCGUCUCGUCGUCCGCCCAUACACACCCACCAGACCUAUACUCGACACCGAAGAUGAUGGCUCUUUCAAUUUAGUUGUCAAGACAUAUUUCCCAGAUGAAAACCAGCCCGGUGGGACGAUGAGUAAUAUCCUUGAUUGUCUACGGGAGGGCGAGGAGGUUGAGGUUAAGGGGCCGUCCGGCGAAAUACGAUACUUAGGGCAUGGGAGGUUUGAGGUCGAUGAUAACGAGCGCAGAUUUGACAACGUCACAUUGAUCCUCGGCGGAUCGGGCGUGACACCGGGGUAUCAAAUCAUAGCGCGAAUCCUCAAAACACCCGAUGAUAAAACGAGGGUCAAAGUCAUCGACGCGAAUAAAUCCGAGAAUGACAUCUUACUUUCCUCUGAACUAGAGGAUUUUGCCAGGAACCACUGCGAGCAAUUCCAGAUUGCACAUGUGUUGUCUCAUCCUAGUGAUAAGUGGAAGGGCUUGAAAGGUCAUCUUAAUGAGGAUGUUAUCAAAGAACAUGCGUUUGAGCCUGCAGAGGGAAAUGUGGCGCUGCUUUGUGGACCGCCGACGAUGAUUCAGAAGGCUGCGUUGCCGGCGUUGAGAGACUGGGGGUAUGAUGAUGAUAGGAAUCUGUUUGGGUUUUAG